AAACUUGGCCACACUAUUCACCCAUUUUAUAAGUUACUUGCGUCUGGUCACACGACGUCAGUUGUUUGAUAAUCGAGUGGCAGUGCGGAGUCGUCGCCAAAAUCCAAUUCCGCUGCACCAGAAACUUUCUCACCACAAAACAACUAGAGCGAGAGUCGCUGGAAAAAGACACCAAGCGAAAUAGAGAAAGAGAGAUAGAGAAAGAGAGAGAGAGAAAGAGACAAAGACCGAGGGGAAGAACGUGCGCUUGUUAAGCGGUACGAUGAUAGAAACACAAACAAAAACAACAAAAGUAACAUCUUCCAAAAUGACGACAAGGAAAAUGCAGCAGCUAAUGUACCUGUCUCUGCUGUGCAUCCUCGCAUCCACUCAACUGAGCCACACUUUGGCAGCACAGCUCGAUCAAUCACCCGCCAAAUUAGAGCAGAAUCCAUGCAUGAACAAAGCCACCUGUCAUGAGUGCAUACAGACACAGAACUGCGGCUGGUGCAUGAAGGCCGACUAUGGCGAUCGGCCGCGUUGCUUCCUCAACACGCCCAAGCCGGAGAUAUGUCCGGAGGAGUUCAUUUAUAACCCGGACACAUCGGAGAGCAUCAGGAUCAACAAGGCGCUGACGUGGGACAGCAGUGGUGCCGCCACCAUGUCGGGUAGUAGCCAGCAAAUCUCGGGUGGCUCCUACGAGAGCAGCGCCAGUCGUCAGAGCUCGUCGUCUGGUUCGUAUAGCGCAUCCGGCUCCAGUUCCAGCUAUGGCUCCAGCUCCAGCUCCGGAUCGAGUUCAGGCUUCAGUGCCAAUUUGGGAUCUCAAAGUGCCUUUGCCGCCGCUGCAGCCGGUGAAAUUGUGCAGAUCAAGCCACAGCGUGUUAGUCUCAAGCUGCGCAUUAAUGAGGUGCACAAUUUGGAUGUGAGCUAUUCACAGGCCGUAGAUUACCCCGUUGAUCUCUACUAUUUGAUGGAUUUGUCCAAGUCCAUGGAGGACGAUAAGGAAAAACUGUCUGCGCUGGGUGACAAACUAUCUGAGACCAUGAAAGGCAUUACUUCCAAUUUCCGUCUAGGUUUCGGUUCGUUUGUCGACAAGGUUCUCAUGCCAUACGUCUCCACCAUACCCAAGAAACUCGAGCAUCCAUGCGAUAACUGCAAGGCCCCCUAUGGUUACCGCAAUCACAUGCCACUGAGCAAUAACACCGAAAGCUUUUCUACCGAGGUAAAGCAGGCAGCUGUGUCGGGUAACUUAGAUGCCCCCGAAGGUGGUUUCGAUGCCAUUAUGCAGGCCAUUGCCUGCCGUCAACAGGUCGGUUGGCGCGAGCAGGCGCGUCGUUUGCUUGUCUUCUCCACGGAUGCUGGCUUCCAUUAUGCGGGCGAUGGUAAAUUGGGUGGCGUCAUUACGCCCAACGAUGGUGAAUGCCAUUUAAAUGCUGAGGGCAUGUACACGCACUCGAUUAUUCAGGAUUAUCCGAGCAUCUCGCAAAUCAAUCAAAAGGUCAAACAGAAUGCCAUCAACAUCAUUUUUGCCGUCACGCAGAAUCAGUAUUCCGUCUAUCAGAAGCUGUCUGGACAUAUUGAGGGCUCAUCCAGCGCCAUUCUCUCCAAUGAUUCUUCCAACGUCGUUGAUCUUGUCCGUGAAGAGUACAGUAAAAUCUCAUCAACGGUAGAGAUGAAGGAUAAUGCUACGGGUGAUGUCAAGAUCACGUAUUAUUCAUCCUGCUUGUCAAACGGACCACUUACCAAAACGAACAAGUGCAGCGGUCUUAAGGUUGGCGACAAGGUCACCUUCACCGCGAACAUUACCGUCACAAAGUGUCCCACGGAUCCAAAACUCUGGAAACAGGUGAUCCAAAUCUAUCCGGUGGGCAUCAAUGAGAGCAUGAUCAUUGACCUGGAGAUGCUCUGCUCGUGUCCCUGCGAGCAUCCCGGCUCGAUUGGCUAUGAGAAGCACUCGACCAGCUGCAGCAAGUCCGGUAUUUUGAUGUGCGGCAUCUGCGAAUGCGAUGACCUCCACUUUGGCAACACCUGCGAGUGCUCCAUGUCCGAUGUGCAUCUGAACAAUGGCAACAACAACAUGUGCCGUCAGGGCAACAAUACGAAUGCCGCCGACUGCAAUGGACGCGGUAGCUGUGUAUGCGGCGCCUGUGAAUGCAAGAAACGUUCCAAUCCCGAGGAGAUAAUUUCCGGAAAAUACUGCGAGUGCGAAAACUUCAGCUGCGAGCGCAACAAGAAUCUUCUGUGCUCGGGACCCGAUCACGGCAUUUGCGAGUGCAAUCGCUGUGUUUGCAAACCCGGCUGGACGGGCAGCAGUUGCGAUUGCCAGACUUCGAAGGACACAUGCAUGCCACCAAAUGGCGGCGAGAUAUGCUCGGGACACGGCACCUGCGAGUGUGGCGUUUGCAAAUGCAAGUCCACCGACGACGGCCGCUAUUCGGGCAAAUACUGUGACAAGUGCCCCACAUGCUCAGGCCGCUGUCACGAGCUGAAGGACUGUGUGCAAUGUCAAAUGUAUCACACCGGCGAACUGAAGAACGGUGAUGAUUGUGCCAAAAAUUGCACCACAUUCACGCCCGUCGGCGUGGAGAAGGUCAAAAUCGAUGAGGACAAGGAUGAACAGUUGUGCGUGUUCUUCGAUGAGGACGAUUGCAAAUUCACAUUCAAAUACAGCGAGGUUGGGGAGCUUGUGGUGCAUGCCCAAGAGGAGAAAGAAUGCCCACCCAAGGUCUUCAUGCUGGGCAUUGUGCUGGGCGUCAUUGCUGCUAUUGUGCUCGUCGGCUUAGCCAUUUUGCUGCUCUGGAAGCUGCUCACCACCAUACACGAUCGUCGCGAGUUUGCGCGAUUUGAAAAGGAGCGCAUGAAUGCCAAGUGGGAUACGGGCGAGAAUCCCAUUUACAAGCAGGCCACCUCAACUUUCAAGAAUCCCAUUUAUGCGGGCAAAUAAGCGAUCUGCUACAAUUUGUUUUAAAUAGUGAAAUUUUUGCCAUUUUAACAAUCAAUCAAUCGACUGUUUACAUAUUCCGAAUCUGUCCCACUAUAUUGUCUGUACCCAACAACUAAUAUGUUUACCCUCCAGCCCACUCGAACCGUUCUUUCAAACGUAGCAGCUUCUUCAACUGGUGCGCGUGCAAGAGAAAUGCUUGAACAAAAGUCAACUGCCAUUGAAACGCGUUCUAAACUAAGUCAAACAUGUUUAUUAAACAAUAUACAUAUAUAUACAUUGAGUAUACAAAAGCAAAACGAUUGUGCCUUGCAAUAUAUAUAUAUAUAUAUAUAUAUGUUAGAUUUUAUAUUUGUAUACCGUAUACACAAGAAAGAAAAAUGCUUCCAUUAAUAAGCAGCCAAACUAACCGCAUCAACCAACGACGCACAACAUUAUUCAAGAAAUUACUCAACCAAUCAAUCGACACUGCAAACGAUCUACAUACAUAAAUGAUGAACAACCAAAUUGUGCCUAUGUUACUUACAACAAAAAACUAACCAACGAAACGAUCGUUUUAAAUAUUUAUGUGUGCUCCUCCCCAAUAGCGGAGAGCAUUCCAAAAAAAAACAAAUUAAAAAAAAAACAC